ACCCUGUUUAUUAUUUUUAUUUUUAUUAUUAUUAUUAUUAUAAAGAGCUGCGUAUCCAAACGGGGAGCGGUGAGAGGGGUUGAGUCCGGGGUUGCACCAAAACGCAACGUCAAGGUUACCACGACGCUGCAAACCCCUCUGCACCAAGCGCUGCACCGGGAGGGUUCGUUGGGGCUGAACCCCAAAGCGGAUUCCCAUCGCUCCGGGGUCGUCGUGAGGGUGGAAAUCGGGAAUGAAAUUGGUGGAGAGAAAGGUUUCCUUUCGGUUCGGACGCUCAGCUCAACGCGGGUGCGUUGGUGCACGGCGUGUUUGGCCCGGAUAUUCGCGUUGUGGGAGAAAUUCCUCCUCGGUUGCAGCAUUUUCCAAUGGUCGGAUCCAAUGUUGGGCGGAUUUUGUCCCUUUCUGUUGUCGUUGUUUCCUUUCCAUACGUUUUCUGCCUCGAGUUUUCGUUAAUGUUGGUGCAGCUUUUGUUGCUUUUGAUCUGUGUAUGUAUUUUAUCCGCGCAGAAGGUAAGAGAUCUUAACGUUCGAAUGUAACUGAAGCACUUGAGGGAAGAUAGGAUUUCAAAGGGGAUUUCCAGGGCUUGGUAACAUAAAAAGGUUUUCUCCAAACACGAAAGCGGUGCCAAUGUCACACAGCACAUUUUCAAGGUGUGUUCGCUUAAAUAAAGUUCUUUUCAACCAGCGACUUUCCCAAAAGUGACACUCGCGCAGCGCUGGGGACGUUGUCACCAUUGCGGGCUCCGCUUCGCUCUUCCCCUCCGUUCAGACACGAAUAUUUGGCCCGGGGAUGCUGCCAGGAUAUUCUCAUGACCAAAUUCAAAGCCCAAGUAUUUGCCGUGUUUAUUUAUGGACGUGUGAAAUACGUUUGCCUUUACACAGCGCGUGUGUGUGUGUGCAUGGAUACGGGUGUGGAGAGCGCGGAGAGUUUCUAUGGGGUUACAAUCACCUCCGAAUUUACCCAGACGUGCCCGCACGGCUCAUAAAGGCAAAUCUGUUUCAUACGAUCCCUGCUCUGCGUUGGCAGAAAUGGGGAUCCGCAGAACGAGGAGAAAUAGAUUCCCUUCCCCGAGAAGAACCAGCUUUGAGGAUAUAAAGGCAGAAAACACUACAGGAAAUUGGCUGACAGCAAAGAGCGGAAGAAAGAAAAGGUGUCCUUACACCAAGCACCAGACGCUGGAGCUGGAGAAGGAAUUCUUGUUCAAUAUGUACUUGACCCGUGAGCGCCGCCUGGAGAUUAGUAAGAGCAUUAACCUGACAGACAGACAAGUCAAAAUCUGGUUUCAGAACCGCAGGAUGAAACUCAAGAAAAUGAACAGAGAGAACCGAAUCCGCGAACUGACGUCCAAUUUUAAUUUCACCUGAGCGGUGCAGGAGGGGGAGAAGGGGGAGAGAGGAGGAGCUCUGUGCGCUUUUUUGGGGGGGGUU